GCCUCCUCCCCAUAAAGGAGGAGCAGCCGACGGAGUGAGCAGUACGCAGUCCGUAGCAUCGCCCGUUUGUUUCGCAUUGCGCGCUUUGGAUAGCCAUGAUGACCAAGCCUGAAAUGUCCGCGCCGGCCUCCCCGUUGAAAGUGGGGCGCUCCCCCGCAGUCAAAGCUGGAGGUAUGAGAGUUGCCAAGAAGCUGGAGAAUGCACCUGUUGAAAAAAGUGCCAAAAUCCCAGGGAGAGAGAAGACUAGCUCUCUUAAUGUCAUAAAAAUGCAAAGCAUGAGUAUUCUGCUUUCAGAUGCGUUGGUUAAACUCAGACAUAAAUUUCCAGCAGCAGCCUCACAACAUGAAAAGCCGCGGCCCACUCUGGAGAAGAUUAUACUGCCCAGAAGACUGUGCAUUAUUCAGCAGCCGCGGAAAUGUUAAAGAUGUAGAGUAAAAUAUUCAUAUAUUUGACAGGCUUGCUCUUAACAUAACAGCACUUAGCUAAGGAAGCAGUAAAUGGACCAAAUGGCUCCAGCAAUAUCUACUUUGUAUUUCUCUUGCAAUAAAAAACUGUGUAUAUUCAGUUUUUCAUCCCA